UUAUGGGUUAAAAGAGUGAUAGAAAUGUGAAUAGUGAUAUAUGGUAAAGACUUGGGCAGGAUUUAGUGCAAGAAAGUGUCAGUUCUCUUAAGUUUUCUGACCUAAAGGCCUGUAGAGGGAUCUUUAAGAGGAAGAGCUGGAGAUCAGGUCAUGCUAAGCUCCCUUAAAUGUCAUUUAAAUCUAAUCAGACCAGUUUGCCCAGACUGGUGUGCAGGAAGUCAUGAGCUGGGUGUGUGUGGAAAGUGUGUGGAGAGAGGAGGAGUGCCUAAAGAGUGCUACAACAGGAGGGACAGUUAUAUGAUAAGAUGUUGCUUUGGAUUUCUAACCUAAGUUAUUUUAUUUCUGUGAAAUUUGAAGAGCUCAGCAUGGACUGAUGGCACAAGAAGAUUCCCUGAAGAAGAAGAUGAGCUGAAUUUUCAUCACUUCCUGCAGUUGUACCGGUUUUCUUUUACCUCAAAGAAUAAUCCAACGACCAAAGUAUGUCCAGGAAGCGAGCAGCUACAAGGACACUGGACUGAUUAUCUGGACAAAUUUCAUGCAGUUCAUGCUUGUGCAUGGCUGAGCUCUUCGUUUUGGAUACAGAGGUGCAGCAUGUGUAGGCUGUAUGGAGUUGGAGAGUGAUGAUGAUGAUGCUGGUGGAGUUUCCUGCCCCGAUGGGGCCGCUGUCCGCUGCUGGAGAGCUGAGUAUGCCGUUUCCAGACACGGUGAAGUACUGCAUCCUGGCCAUCUCCAUCGCUCUGCUGCUGCUGGCGCUGGGCAUCCUGGCAUGGCAGGCCUUCAGAUGCUGCACACAGACACACAACACACACACCUGGCAAGAUCCUGGGAACAGUGAUCUGCUGUACCCAGACAACAAGUCAAGAACAGCAAGAAACUACUCAGGAGCUCCAAGUACUCGGGUAGAGGACGUUGGCACGGAGGUCCACAGGCUGAGUCGCUGUCUGUCUCAGGGCUUGUUUCCCUCCUCAGCAUCCAGCCAGGCAGACAGAGACCUGGGGGACCAAGCUGACAUUAAAAAGGUCGAUGGAUCGCUACGUUUUUCCAUCUAUUACGACCAACUGCAGUCCCAGCUGGUGGUCACCGUCCUGCAGGUGGAGGGGCUUCAGGAGCUCAGCCAGACACGCAGCCUCCAGCCGUUUGUUAAGCUAAGACUUAUGUGGGCAGAUCCACAGGGAGUGGAAGCGGAGGACUGCACGGAUGAGGGCGAAGGGACUCCACCUGUCCUGUGGACAGUGCUGCAGGAGUGGCGGACUCGCAUUGUGAAAGGCAGCUGUAGCCCUUUAUUUGGAGACCAGUUCAGCUGUAUUCUGCAAGAGGAUAAGGAGCUUCAUCACAUCAACCUCAGGAUGGAGGUGAGGGACUUUGAUAAAUUUUCCAGACACGCAGUGUUAGGAGAGGUGAAGGUUCCUUUAGGGCAGCUCAACAUCUCCUACCCUCUAGAGCUGCAAGAAGACCUGAUGAUACCCCAGAAGGAUCUUGUAGGAGAAGUGCUUCUGUCUUUAAAGUUUCUUCCCACUUCUCAGAGACUUGAGGUUGGACUGCUUAAGGUCAGAACAGUCCUCACUGAAAUGUGCUCAGAUGCAGCCUUGUACGCCAGGAUCAGUGUGCAGUGCAACCAGUGCAAGCUGAGGUACCAGAAAACCUCUGCUGUGGCCCACUGCCUGGUGACGGUCUUCAACGAGGUCCUCAUGUUCUCUCUGCCUGAGUUCCCUCUGGAGCAGUGCAAAAUACUGGUUUCUGUGUAUCAGACUCACACGGUGAGAAAAUCAGCCAAACAUCUGAUCGGACAGUUGACUGUGGGGAAGGAGAAGAAUUCAGAAGACAAGCACUGGAGGCUAAUGAUGUGUUCAGUCCGCCAGCCAAUAGCAAAGUGGCAUGGUUUACUUAUCUGACUUACAGUAGUGUUCAAUAUAAUAGCAGUCCAAUGUGACUAACCAGAUUAAUCCAGGUUUUUAGUAUGUUUUUAUUGCUACAUGGCAAACAAGGUACCAGCAGGUGCAGUAGAUUCUCAGAAAACCAACAAGACCCAGCAUUGGUGAUAUGCAGCUCUUAUGGCUGGGCAAUUGGGCAAUUAGUUGAAAAAAUAUAAAAAUAUAGCAGUGUCUGCUGUUGACUUUACAAACACACCCCUUUCAACUAAUUACCUAACUCAGCUAUUCUCAACCUUGGGGUCGGGACCCCAAUUGGGGUUGCGAGAUGAUUUCUGGGGGUCGCCAAAUCAUUUUGGAAGUCAGCUCUGUCUCCACUGUGUUAAAGUGUUCAUGUGUUAAUGUGUUUUAGUCUUUUUGG